AGACAUAAAGACUGCAGUCAAGCACAGAGGAAGCGCUGCAGCGUUUGGUCUGUUUGCAGUCUCAAAUCAGCUGAACUGAAGCUCAAACUGGAAACCUGGAUAUCUGAACUGAGAGCACAUCCAGAACCUGCUUCAAGGAAGGCAUCAGCGGGAGCAUGUACAGCUUUAGGCUGGUCUACAUUUUCUCCUAUAACUUGUUCCAAUUCUGUGGUCACACAUGGAUCCUGGCUAACACCAUUGCAAGAUUUUUUACCUUUGGUCAAGGCUUAACGGGGUUGUUGAAGGAGGCAGAGUGGCACCAUCAGGCAGCUCUGGCAGUAAUGGCUGACAAUCCACCUCCAGAUGCUCUGGCAGACACGUUUUACUCUGUGGGUUUUGUGAUGAGCCUGUGCCAGCUGCUCUCCAUUCUGGAGAUCUUCCACAUCGCAGACGGCAUCGAGAAGGCUCGGCUCCUUCCUCGCUUCAUCCAAGUGAUUGAGAAAAACAUUCUGCUGAUUAUGGUCAUCAUGUUGGAAGAAAUCCAAAGUAAGCCAGUGGUGUCUGUGCAGUUUUUCCUGUGGAAUAUACUGGACCUCUUACGGUACCCUCAUGAACUUCUGUGUGUUAUGAAAAGACCUUCCGUCGCCAUGUUGUGGAGCCGUUACUCUCUUUGGAUCCCCUUAUACAUCCUGUCAGUAUUCAUUGAAGGAAAGAGGUCAAUGUUGAGCCAAAUUCUGAAAAGGAGUUUUCCAUGUUUGUCUCACUAAAAGAAAGGCAUGCAGCGUGUACAUUAUGUGGGACUCAAUUGGAAAAAGUAUAUACAAAAAUUAAAUCUAUUCUCAGUACAAGAACAGGAUGUGGGUCACUGUACUCCGUCCGUCGGUCGUCGGCUCGUGGGGGUAGGAGCUCAAGUAGGGAGGCCCAGAAUUCCUUCUCCCCAGCCACCUGUUCCAGCUGGUCCGGGGGAAUCCCAAGCCUUUCCCAGGCCAGCCAAGAAACAUAGUCUCUUCCAGCGUGUCCUGGGUCUUCCCCGGGGCCUCCUCCUGGUUGGGAUGUGCCCAGAACACCUCACCAGGGAGGUGUCCAGGAGGCAUCCUGAAAAGAUGCCUGAGCCACCUGAACUGGCUCCUCUCGAAGUGAAGGAGCAGUGACUCUACUCCGAGUCCCUCCCGGAUGACCGAGCUUCUCAUCUCAUCUCUAAGGGAGAGC